AUGAUGAAUUCCUUGAGUUCUUGUAAUAGGCCAAUGAUUGCAGCAGCUAAAUCCAUGGAUAAUAGCAUGAGCUGCUUAAGAAGAGGCGGUGGUGGAGGAGCAGUUGUAGUUGUACCUCAUGGUACAAGUAGUAGUAGCUCAAGAAGGGUUUGUGGUGUUGUUAGAGCUUCAAUGGUGGAUUCUUAUGAGAGUUCAUCUGAUUUUGUUAAGAGAAUGGAACAAGCUUGGUUAAUCUCUCAGCAACCGAGGCCAGUUGCGUGUGCUUCAUGCGACUCAAAUGGGCGUGUUGAAUGCCAAUGGUGUAGGGGUACAGGAUUCUUCAUUCUUGGCGAUAACAUGCUCUGCCAAGUUCCUUCCAGAAAUACGACUUGUGUUAUUUGUGCUGGAAAGGGGUCAAUCAGCUGCUCUGAUUGUAAAGGAACUGGCUUUCGUGCCAAGUGGAUGGGGAAGCCUCCGAUCUCCAAGUAG